UAUAUGACUAUAUCAUCCCUCAGAUUCCUACCUUUACUUAUAAAUCAUCCUUUUCCAAUUGUAUUACUUAGACUUUCUUUUUUCUUCAUUAAACUCUAAAUCCACUAUCAUCUAAAGAAUGGGAAACGUCCUGCGGUCUUUGCAUAAGCAUUGCUGUGAGCAUACCACCGCGGAGUCACAGUCGCUUGGGCCACAUGGUGUUUCCGCACAGAACGCUGGAGUAUCGGCUUUUGCUCGUGAUCUUCUUCACUUUGAGGUUACAUCCCAAGUACCUGAAGGGCUUGGUAAACAUGUUGUAUCUUCCAAGAAAGCUCAGUCUAACUGGUAUAACAAGCUUCUACAGGCAUGGAAAGAAGCCAAGCCCCCGCCAAAAACUGCAGAGGAAGCGGCAAGGCUCAUAAUUGCAACCUUAAAACGGCACCAUAAGGCAGAUGUUGAGGGUUUACUUGCUUUCUACAACCUUCCACUUCCGCAUACUUUAGUUGAGCUCUCCACCGGAGUUCCCCCCAAGCUACCUGACUGGGUGAAGUAUGAGCUUCACACCUUACCUGUGAAUGCAAAGGCGGUAUCAGAUGGGGAUUCAAUAACUGUGUAUGUAAGCACUACAGAUCCUAGAGAGUCGUCUUCCAUUCCUAGAGAAGUGCAGAUUGCGGCAAUUCAAAGAUCAAAGGCACGAGCAGAGAAAAACUACGCUAAGGCGGAUGCACUCCAUAAGAAAAUAAUUGAUCAGAAUUACAGGGUUAUUCCCAUUCGGAAUGAGGAGGUUCUGGCUAAAAAGUAUCGAGUUAGAUUAAGGGGAAUAGAUGCACCCGAGAGUUCAAUGCCAUACGGGAAGCAGGCAAAAGAGGAACUAGCUAAACUUGUAGAAGGAAAGAGCUUACGCGUUCUCAUCUAUGGUGAGGAUCGUUAUAACCGAUAUGUAGGAGAUGUGUACAGCAAUGGCACAUUUGUACAGGAAAUGAUGCUCAAGAAAGGAUGUGCAUGGCACUACAAAGCCUACGACAAACGCACAGAACUAGCGAAUUGGGAAAAAGAAGCACGGGCUAAGCAGGUUGGGCUAUGGGCUUCAAAAAAUCCAGAAGAACCAUGGGAAUGGAGAAAAAAAAAAUGUCAAGCAAGAUGAAUAACAGCAGCUGGAAGUAUUAUAUUUUCAUGUAUAUUGUCCAUUCUUGUCAAAAUUCUUCAGUAAUUUACCAGUAUCUUUAAUGAAAGCAUCAACACAGAGGUAAGCAUUCAACCGAAAAAUGUACAAUUUUCGUUGUGUAACUGAUCAAGAAUAUUAUAUGUAACAAAUUUUAUAUAAUUGCAAUUACAACAUGAGCAAGAAUCUUCUUAAAAGAUACUAUUACUGGCUCAAAAUCCAUGCCUUAAGAAUUCGACCUAAGUCCCUUUCUAACCAUGAAUUCAAUUGGAGCGGUGGCUUCAAUAUCAUAAUUCAUAAAUCAUAUUUACAGCACAGAAAUUACUUCAGGAAGGGGAAGAUAAUGGGAUGCCUUCACGAAUAUGGAUGAUCUAUACAUAAAAUUAAAAAUAGCUUCACUAUGGAGCAUAUACU